CGGAGCGAGGAGGUGACUCGGUUUGCUGUCCCCGACGUUGCUCAGUGCUCCACGCAGGAGCAGACAGGUACGGCUGACUCUCCAUCUUCGGUUCAGGCAUAACCGUUGGUUUCCUGGAGACAUUUAUUAUGCCAAGUGUUGGGGUUGCUCUGCCGCCCAGUGGAGUGAGCUUCGGCAACCCAACACCCCAACAGCUAGCGUGUGAGACGUGAUCGCCUCCGAAGAACUGCUCGGUGAGAUGGAUCUGUCCACACGGUUUCAUCUUCGGUUUCUCCUUUUCAUCAACUUCUAGUCGCGGGAAAGACAAAUGCGGGUUGCUAAUGUGAUGUGUGAGCUGCAGUUCACAGGAUAACCAGGAGUUGUGUUGUCUUCUGCUCACGAAUGUGUCAUUCCAACACCAACUAACUACAAUUCAGUUUAAUUCAAUUCUGACACUAAGUAGUCAGAGCAGAUGCCCCGAAUCUGUCCUCACUUUAGGAGCGAGCCAUAAGGAGGGUCCCUAGGUACCCACAUUCUUCCCAGCUGACUACAAAUUUGGGGUUCCCAAAACUUCUCUCUGUGCCGGGUUCAAUAAUUCACUAGAAUGACUUGUAGAACUCAUGGAAAUGGCUAUACUUAACGAUUACAGUUUUGUUAUAAAGGAUACGACGCAAACAGCCAAAUGGAAAAGAUGCACAAGGGAAGAUAUCGGGGCGUGCGUCUCGUUGCAUGGAGCUUCCAUAUCCUAUCUGGCACAGGCGCAUACACCUUGAUAACACCAAAUGAAACCCGAAGAAACCAGCUACAGAGAAUUGCGGAGAAAGAAAUGGAGAACCUGGAGAGGUGGAAGGAACUACACAGAGCGAAGCCGGUGAACCUGGUGCCCAGGCGGCUAGGUGGAAGCCAAUCAGAGGCUGAAGUCAGGCAGAAACAACAACUCCAACUGAUGCAAUCUAAAUACCAGCAAAAGCUAAAAAGAGAAGAAGCCAUGAGAAUCAAGAAGGAAGCUGAAGAAGCUGAAAUUCAAAAAAUGAAGGCCAUUCAGAGAGAGAAGAGCAAUAAACUAGAGGAGAAAAAAAGACUCCAAGAAAACCUCAGAAGAGAAACAUUUAGACACCAUCAGCAACACACAACUGCCGACUUCUUAAGCAGACUGGAGAUGGACUUGCCACACAGAAGGACCCAUCAGAUUGCUCCCUGUGACCCACAGCCUUCAACGUGGAGACUUCCCACCCUGCCCCGGGAUCACAGCUGGGCCAGAAGCCAGGCUUAUAGGGAUUCUCUAAGGGAAGAAGAAAAUCGAAAAUUGCAAAAGAUGAAGGAGGAACAGCAUCAGAAGAGUGAAUUACUGGAAUUGAAGCGCCAGCAGCAGGAGGAAGAAAGAACCAAAACCCAGCAGGCUGAACACAGGAGGGUCAAUAAUGCUUUUCUGGACCGACUCCAAGGCAGAAGUGACCCAGGUGGCCUGGAAUACUUCAGAGGCAAUUGGAACCUGAAUGGUGGUAGAGGCUGGGAUAUGUGAGAAAUAUUUACUUACAUCUGGCCUUUAUCAACUGACCUUGAAAACCUUCAUGAGAUGCUUUUUUUUCUAAUGUGGUUUCGCUCAUCCUCGCUGCUUUUACCUGGACUUCAGUUGCUCACCCACUCAGCUGAGCCCCCGAGAGUGACAGGUUUCUCCCUGUCACGGGUUACGCAUGUUUGUACGAGCUGAUUACCAAACUCGUAUUUAACCUUUACCACCAGUGAUGCGUUACAGUAUUUUUUUCUGAUUGCAUUUGCCUCUUAUCGGCAGUAUAAUUUCAGCAAUGUUAGUAAGACAGAAAAUAAGGAAAUCAUUUGAUGCUUUCAGAUUAGCGAAAUCUAUGGAUGCUGCAUGCUUGUCUCUCUAAGCAGCUAAUUCUCAGAUCAGGUUUGGGGAAGAUUUGGCAUCUUUUUAGAUUUUAAUCCCGACUUUCUUAAUCCAGUGUACAAAUGUGAGCAGAAGAAAAAGAAAUAUUUUAUAUUCUUUUAAACAAAUUUAUAAAUAAAUUUUGAACUACCUUUGCAUAA